AUUUAGUCCCCCCACGUCCUACCACAACUUAAACACAACAGUCCCACACCACCAUCUCACUAGCUAGCUCGAUCUUGAACUCCCUGCCCCCUUUUUAAGUCACGAGAACCACUGUCCCUUUUUUUCCAUUUUGAGAGAAAGAAGUCUGGAUAGGGAGGGACAGAAGCACAGAUAGAGAACUUUCAAAGAGGAGAGAGAGGGUGGGGAUGAGACCCUCUAAAGAUCUUGAUCAGUCUUCAACUGAAGUGAUCUUUUAUGAAUCUUCAUUGCUUCAGUUCUCUCAGCUGAAGAUGUUUUAGUGUUGUUGUAGUUGCGGUUUGAUAGUUCUGUCGGUGUUAUACAUACAAACUUCUUUCUUUGUAUCUCUGUCGGUGGUACCAACAUGAGAAACCCAUUAGACCUCAACAAUUUACCGGACGAUUUCUCAAGAGAUCAGGGCAAACAAACACUUGAUGACUCGUCUUCUUCUGCCUCUGGAAUCUACAGGAAAAAUAAAAACGGCGCAAAGGAUGAAAGUGGGAAGGUCUACGAGUGUAGGUUUUGUUCUCUCAAGUUCGGCAAGUCUCAAGCCCUUGGGGGACAUAUGAACCGCCAUCGUCAAGAAAGGGAGACAGAAGCACUAAACCAUGCUCGUCAGCUGGUUUUUAGCAACGAUAACCUUCUCCCCCCACUCCCUCACCAACUAGGUGGACAACCAAUGGUACAUGGAGGGUUUCAUCAUCAACAAGUUUAUCCUACAAAACUCUUUUCCGACACUUCCACCACCAUUCUACCACCACAACCACCACCACAUAUGUACACUUCUUCGGCAUCACGUCUCAAUAACCCUUAUCCAAUGAAUGAUUACUUUGUGGGACAUGUGUGCUCCGGCAAUGCACCACCAUUCACCCUUCAGAACAUGAACGGCGCCACCGCACCACCACCGGAGAGUGCAAAUAACUACACAUGCAUUGGUGCACCUGUUGGACAAAGCUUCACACUCUCCGAAGGAAGUGGUGGUAGAGAAAUGUCACAAUCCCCAGCCAGAAGAUAUCAUCAAGAUGGGUUCUAAUAAUAAUGAUUUUAUUUUGGAUGAUGUUAAAAUCUUUCUAAGCUCCUAACAAGACAGAAGUGGAAGUAUCAUUUUCCUUUGUUUUUUUUGGGUGUUUUUUUAAUUAGUUAUGUGGGUUUCUGAAUUCUGUAGUAGGGGUAGUUGUGCAAAUCCUAGUGUUGGUUUUGAGAGUGAGAGUAUGAGCAGACUGAAUGCAAGUGUUUGGUUGGAUUUCAACUAGAUAUAGAUUGAAGGUGUGUGGGUAAGAGAUUGUAAUUGGUGUGUUCUAAAUGGAGGUGUGGCAGACAAGUUGGAUAUCAACUGGAAGACCCCAACCCCCUUUUGGAUUUCAAUUUUUAUCUAUCAUUGCAUGGGGAUUGAGAAUAAGUCCAUUUCUGUGCUACUUAUUUUCAUUUUUUUAUGUUUGGUUGAACUUACUGUUUUACAUUAAUGAAUAUAAUCAUGCACUAGGAUGUUUCCUCGCG